AUGGACAAGUUUCAGGGCGGACAUCACACUUAUUCAACGCCAGCGUCCGAACGGACGAGGAGCCGGGCUCCGACUGCGACGGGGGACAAGACGAUUGCGAAGAAGAGAUCGAGUUUGGGGCGGGCAGCAGGCGGGUUCCAAAGCAGACUGCUUGCGUCGUUGAGAAGUAGGAGGAAGAGCGACAACAAUGGGCUAGCGCCGAACAGCAGCCCCUCGAGCAGCCCGUUUCUGGACGCAUUGUUCCGGCUGCCAGAUGAGCUUCACAUCUACAUGCUACGCGAGCUUUGCGUCGCUGACCUGCUUGCAUUGCGACGGACCUCGCGCGUGCUCAACAUGCUGGUUAUGGAGAAUGCGCCGGCCCUGGUGCGGUACUGGGUCAAACACCGGAUGGGCAAUCUGCACCUGCAACUGUACCCAGCGCCGAGGCCCAGUGCCAUUGACUUUCCCUUUUUACUGACCAUGAGACGGCGGCACAUCGCAUCCCUAAGGUUGACGCGGCAGCUUGCCGAUCACCUGGUAGGCGAGCCGGUGGAGCCAGCAGUGUCCCCACGCCAGAUGCAGCUGUGGUCCUCGGUGUAUGAGCGGAUGCUUCCUUUGGUCUUUGGCGUGGGUUACUUUCUCGACGAGCACAGACGGCUACUGUUGGAGAGGGAUCUCGGACAUAUACGACCGCGCUCACGAAUUGGCUACCAUGUGCGCACGACUCCGGGAAUUGCCGACCAAGAGAGGAAGAUUGUCAAGAAUCUAGAUGCACCGCUGCGGCUACAGUACUUUUACAUGUACUGCUUCAUAGUACAGGUGCUGCUGCGAAAGACACGGCGGGCGAGUAGUGCUGAAGCGGUGGCAAUGUUUCUACACGAAUGGUCCCACCAGCCGGCAUGCUAUGAAGACGUUGCCUUUUUUCUGAUACUGGGCGGUAUAGGCCGGGUGGCCAAAUUGCUCGCGUGCCCAACGUACAGUGAGCGGAGACGAUACCUGCUUUCGUUCCGGACACACAUGUCGCCGCACACGAGCAAGUGCUGGCGAAGGCACUGGAAGGAUGCAGGCGUAGUCUCACCGGCUCUACUCGACGACAUUCCUUGCACGCAGAUUGGCAUUACGCAGCUAGACCAGAUCUGGGCUCCACUGGUUGCCCAGAUGAUGGGGCCUGGAUCCAGGGACUGCAGUGAACAGGAAAAGAGGCGCUACGAGGAACUAAAGCUGUCGGGCAAGUUCAUCAACGAAGUGAUGGGGUACGACAUCCUGCAGGGCCGUGCAGCAGAUGGGGGCGAGCUUGACGAUGACCACGAGCCAUGA